AUGGUAGAGACGCACUACUGCGAGACGCACUACUGCGAGGUAGAGACGCACUACUGCGCGGUAGAGACGCACUACUGCGAGACGCACUACUGCGAGACGCACUACUGCGAGGUAGAGACGCACUACUGCGAGGUAGAGACGCACUACUGCGAGACGCACUACUGCCAGGUAGAGACGCACUGCUGCGCUGUAGAGACGCACUACUGCGAGGUAGAGACGCACUACUGCGCGUUAGAGACGCACUACUGCGAGGUAGAGACGCACUACUGCGCGUUAGAGACGCACUACUGCGAGACGCACUGCUGCGCGGUAGAGACGCACUACUGCGAGGUAGAGACGCACUACUGCGAGGUAGAGACGCACUACUGCGAGGUAGAGACGCACUACUGCGAGGUAGAGACGCACUGCUGCGCUGUAGAGACGCACUACUGCGCGGUAGAGACGCACUGCUGCGGCGUAGAGAUGCACUGCUGCGCCGUAGAGACGCACUGCUGCGCCGUAGAGACGCACUACUGCGCUGUAGAGACGCACUACUGCGAGGUAGAGACGCACUGCUGCGCGGUAGAGACGCACUACUGCGAGGUAGAGACGCACUACUGCGCGGUAGAGACGCACUGCUGCGCCGUAGAGACGCACUGCUGCGCCGUAGAGACGCACUGCUGCGCCGUAGAGACGCACUACUGCGCCGUAGAGACGCACUACUGCGCGGUAGAGACGCACUACUGCGAGGUAGAGACGCACUACUGCGAGGUAGAGACGCACUACUGCGAGGUAGAGACGCACUACUGCGAGGUAGAGACGCACUACUGCGAGGUAGAGACGCACUACUGCGAGACGCACUACUGCGCGUUAGAGACGCACUACUGCGAGACGCACUGCUGCGCGGUAGAGACGCACUACUGCGAGGUAGAGACGCACUACUGCGAGGUAGAGACGCACUACUGCGAGGUAGAGACGCACUACUGCGAGGUAGAGACGCACUGCUGCGCUGUAGAGACGCACUACUGCGCGGUAGAGACGCACUGCUGCGGCGUAGAGAUGCACUGCUGCGCCGUAGAGACGCACUGCUGCGCCGUAGAGACGCACUACUGCGCUGUAGAGACGCACUACUGCGAGGUAGAGACGCACUGCUGCGCGGUAGAGACGCACUACUGCGAGGUAGAGACGCACUACUGCGCGGUAGAGACGCACUGCUGCGCCGUAGAGACGCACUGCUGCGCCGUAGAGACGCACUGCUGCGCCGUAGAGACGCACUACUGCGCCGUAGAGACGCACUACUGCGCGGUAGAGACGCACUACUGCGAGGUAGAGACGCACUACUGCGAGGUAGAGACGCACUACUGCGAGGUAGAGACGCACUACUGCGAGGUAGAGACGCACUACUGCGAGGUAGAGACGCACUACUGCGAGACGCACUACUGUGCGGUAGAGACGCACUACUGCGAGGUAGAGACGCACUACUGCGAGACGCACUACUGCGAGGUAGAGACGCACUACUGCGAGACGCACAACUGCGAGGUAGAGACGCACUGCUGCGCGGUAGAGACGCACUGCUGCGCGGUAGAGACGCACUGCUGCGCGGUAGAGACGCACUGCUGCGCUGUAGAGACGCACUACUGCGAGGUAGAGACGCACUACUGCGAGGUAGAGACGCACUACUGCGCGGUAGAGACGCACUGCUGCGCGGUAGAGACGCACUACUGCGAGGUAGAGACGCACUACUGCGAGGUAGAGACGCACUGCUGCGCUGUAGAGACGCACUACUGCGAGACGCACUACUGCGAGACGCACUACUGCGCGGUAGAGACGCACUACUGCGAGACGCACUACUGCGAGGUAGAGACGCACUACUGCGAGGUAGAGACGCACUGCUGCGCGGUAGAGACGCACUACUGCGAGACGCACUACUGCGAGACGCACUACUGCGAGGUAGAGACGCACUGCUGCGCUGUAGAGACGCACUACUGCGAGACGCACUACUGCGAGACGCACUACUGCGCGGUAGAGACGCACUACUGCGAGACGCACUACUGCGCGGUAGAGACGCACUACUGCGAGACGCACUACUGCGAGGUAGAGACGCACUACUGCGAGGUAGAGACGCACUGCUGCGCGGUAGAGACGCACUACUGCGAGACGCACUACUGCGAGACGCACUACUGCGAGGUAGAGACGCACUGCUGCGCUGUAGAGACGCACUACUGCGAGACGCACUACUGCGAGACGCACUACUGCGCGGUAGAGACGCACUACUGCGAGACGCACUACUGCGAGGUAGAGACGCACUACUGCGAGGUAGAGACGCACUACUGCGAGGUAGAGACGCACUGCUGCGAGGUAGAGACGCACUACUGCGAGGUAGAGACGCACUACUGCGAGGUAGAGACGCACUGCUGCGAGGUAGAGACGCACUACUGCGCGGUAGAGACGCACUACUGCGGGGUAGAGACGCACUACUGCGAGGUAGAGACGCACUGCUGCGCUGUAGAGACGCACUACUGCGCGGUAGAGAAGCACUGCUGCGCUGUAGAGACGCACUACUGUGCGGUAGAGACGCACUGCUGCGCGGUAGAGACGCACUGCUGCGCCGUAGAGACGCACUACUGCGCGGUAGAGAAGCACUGCUGCGCUGUAGAGACGCACUACUGCGCGGUAGAGAAGCACUGCUGCGCUGUAGAGACGCACUACUGCGCGGUAGAGAAGCACUGCUGCGCCGUAGAGACGCACUACUGCGCGGUAGAGAAGCACUGCUGCGCUGUAGAGACGCACUGCUGCGCGGUAGAGAAGCACUGCUGCGCUGUAGAGACGCACUGCUGCGCUGUAGAGACGCACUGCUGCGCCGUAGAGACGCACUACUGCGCGGUAGAGAAGCACUGCUGCGCUGUAGAGACGCACUGCUGCGCGGUAGAGAAGCACUGCUGCGCUGUAGAGACGCACUACUGCGAGGUAGAGACGCACUGCUGCGCUGUAGAGACGCACUACUGCGCUGUAGAGACGCACUACUGCGCGGUAGAGACGCACUACUGCGCGGUAGAGACGCACUACUGCGCGGUAGAGACGCACUACUGCGCCAUAGAGACGCACUACUGCGCCGUAGAGACGCACUACUGCGCCGUAGAGACGCACUACUGCGCGGUGAGAAAGACACACUAUUUACUUUCUUCUCCUUUGUGCUAA